CCCUUUCGAAUCCAAAAAGGUACUCUGCUACACUGCAACGCGAUACAGCACAGAGGAAUACAACAGAGCACAUCCACUUGCGUUUGUUCCUAGCUCGAAAAACUACAUGGGGCCAUUUGUUCUAGCGGAAACAACAUUUCCGUCCCUCGGUGCAAGUACGAGUAGCAAAAGCAGCGGCAGCGGCAGCGUCAAAGCCAGGCCCGAAGCCUACCACAGCAACCACCGCGGCAUCAGGGUGAGCGGUUGGAGCAGCGAAGCCACCCCCACGAAACCGAACAAAAAGGGUUCCAUUCUCGCGCCGGCGGCAUCUACCCCCACCAGCACGGGAACCACCACGAGCACCAGCACGUCGUCUUCCCUGGAGGACUUCAACUUUGGCGAGCAAGAAGAGCACAACGUCGAGGUCAUCCAUUCGUCACCCGGCCGUCGCUCGCAGCGCAACCACCCCAGCUACCGACCCCGGAACGACUCGCGGACCACCACCAUUACCAGCACCCGCCGAAAGGUAGAGCACGAGCACCAAGAAGAAGACGAACCCGCAAACGCAAAGAUGUCGCUGCAACUCGACCGGUACGGGUUUAUCACCAACAUUGACUCCAAGGGGCGCAUUCUCGAAACGAACGGGGCCGAAAACAUCAAGGUUCCGAGCUACGCGGAUUCGGAGCGGACCGAGCGGAGGGAAAAGAAAUGGAAGGCUACGCUGCAGGGCUGGGACAAGCAAGCGAGGCAGCAGGGCGUCGGCGGCGGGACGGGCGGCAGCAAACAGCUCAAGCAGCCCUCCCGGCAGCACGGGAGCAGCGCUGGCUCCGGGCCGAGCGGCAGCAGCCCGAACAGCGGGAUCCUACAGAGAAAGCCCGCCCCGCGAAACCACUCCUUUGCCUCCGGGAACAAGGUCGUCCUGCGGAGGCUCCGCAAGGGUGUCCCGGAUUCCGUCCGGGGCAAGACCUGGUUGGCCCUGGGCGGGGGGAUCCGCGUCCCCGGGAUGUACCAGGACAUUGUCCGCGUCACGAGCGACGCUAUGCUGACCAACUGCCGGGAGCUGCAGAGGACCCAUCGUGAAGCCCUGCACUCAACGGCAAGCGGCGGCCGAAGCUCGCCUUCUUCCAACACUGGCGGAAGCGGCAGCGGGACCCCCGAGCGGUCGUCCAACCCGGCCUCGACCCGGACCUCCCCCACCUCGGCGGUGUCGGAGGUGAGCACCUUUACCAAUCCCUCGCCGACAAAACCCAACAAGGGGGCCUCGUCCUCGUCCCCCGAGGAGGCGAAGCCGUCACCGGUGGGGAACGUCGUGGAUGCUGCCUCCGGAGGCCGAUCCUCGUCGCCGACGACGCCGCGGUCGUCGGGGAUCGAAAAGGACGAAACAAAACCCUCCGGAAAGGAGAAAAGCGGCUGCUACGCCGCCACGAGGGACUUUCGGAGCAUCCAGGACAUUAUCGAGCGCGACAUUCACCGGACCUUUCCCCGGCACAAUUUGUUUUACGAGGAGGAGCGGUCCAUCGUGGAAAGCCCCAGCAGCAGCACCGGGGGCGACCGCGAAGAUCCCUUCGAGAGCCCCUCGGCCGGCACCACCCCCGGCGACCCGGAGCUCGCGGCACUCAUUCUGAACCUCGAGAUGGACCUCAAGGUGGCCGAGUCCAGGGACAUGGCGAGCGCGAACAACGGCCUGAAGCAGUACAAGCUCCACGACCGAACCGACCACUGCACGAUCACCGCGACCACCCAGAGCGGGCAGGCCGCCCUGCGGCGGGUCCUCCGGGCCUACAGCUACUACGACCCGGAAGUCGGCUACUGCCAGGGGAUGAACUUUAUCGCUGGCAUGUUUCUGACGCUGAUGACGGAGGAGGAAGCCUUUUGGCUGCUGGUGUGUAAGUGCCUUUGUUGUCUUGGCGAUGCGCUGUCCUGUGUUCCGGUGCGAGGUUGCACCUAUGCGUCACCCUUUGUUCGAUCCUUUCUGACUUUUUCUUUCUUUCUGUCUUGGAAUUUGCCCUUCCGUCUUGUCUUUGCACGCAGCGGUCAUGAGCGACAAGCCGUGCCACAUGAGGGGUCUGUUCGGGGAGGGGAUGCUCCAGACCCACAAGGUCCUGUAUGUGGCGGAGAAGCUCACCCACCACUACCUCUCCCGCCUGGCGAGGCACUUUGAAAAGGAGCACGUCCACGUGACGAUGUACGCUACGCAGUGGCUCCUGACGCAGUACACGAGCAGCUUCAAGUUCGACCUGGUGGUCCGGGUCUGGGACGCCUUUCUUGGAGAGGGGUGGAAGAUCAUCUACCGGGUCAUGCUGGCGCUGCUGCUGAAGUACCAGCCGCGGCUCCUCAAGAUGUCCUUUGAGGAAAUCCUGACCUUUUUCCGGGAGCUCCCGGAGCGCGUGGAGGGGGGCCAGAUCAUGGACAUGGCCCUCAAGAUUCCGUUGCGGAGGAAGGUUAUUGCCAGGUACGAACGGGAAUGGGAGUCUCAGCAGAAGAAGAAAUAAUACACUAGAGCAAUAAUUACAGUAAUAAUAAUGAUAACAUUAU